GGCGGCCGGCACCGAGACAGCAGCGGCGGCAGAGACGAACCGGCGACCCCUUCUCCGCACCGACUCCGGACCUCAGAGCCAGCGAACAUGAGGCUCUGGCUGGCGGCAGCCUGUCUGCUGGCCACUGCUGUGGCCGUGCGCAUGGACAGCUGGGACGUUCGUAAGGAAUACGGAACACGGUCCAAGUUCCCGUCUCGUAGCGUGUACGAUGGGAGCCGAAGAGUCCCCGCUGAUCGCUCUUCGUCUUCCGACUACGACCGCCACGAGCUCCAGGAUAGGAAGGAGUUGGACCGUAAACUGAGCGGGCCGCGGGCGGUGGACGAAGACAGGUCAGAGGGCCGUGCCCAGGACUGGCAGAGGAGGGCGGCUCACCACUGGGACCGCGCCCAGUACGAGGACCGCCGGGAGGAGGCGGACCGCUGGGACCAGGACAGAUGGUCUGAGGACGACCGGGAGGUCGGCCCCAGCCGCCGCGUGCCGCCGAGCCCGCGCCACCAGUGGCACACGCAGCGCGCCGUGCCGGGGGAGCCUCCGUCCCGCGCCGUGCCCGGCUCGCCGCCGUUCCGCGGCUACGACCUCCAAAGCCGCGGCAUCAACUGGGAGACCUCGCAUCGCGGCGAGUUUCAGUUCAUCGCGCGCCUGUCGGCCUACUACACCAAGAGCGGCGCCUGGUACUACGAGCCGUGCGGCGCCUCCAUCAUCAGUCCCGUCUUCCUGCUGACGGCCGCGCACUGCUUUGACCACCAGCGGGCGGCCGUGGGACACGUGGAUCCGGCGCGCGUCUACGCCUACCUCAACGACUUUGACACCACGCAGCCGGACGAGUCGGCCAUCGUGACCGCCUCGGAGGUCAUCCUGCACGAUAAUUACACCCCGCGGGGCGGCGGCCGACCGCUCAACGACGUGGCAGUGGUGCGGCUCUCCAGUCCGCUCGACUUCGCCGCGCUCGGUGUCGGUAGCAUUUGCCUCGACUCGGCCCCCAUUGGCGACAACGUCGACAUGACCAUCGCCGGCUGGGGCAAGACAGCCGAGAACGCCGCCCACAUGAACACCCAGCUCUUCAAGUCGACCAACGAGAAAACGCUCAGCCUCGACCGGUGCAAGUACGACACGUCCUACUCGCCGGACGAGAUCGAUUCAGACGCCAUCUGCGCCAGCGGCGCGAACCAACUCGGGGUGCAGGAUGCGUGCCAGGGCGACUCGGGCGGACCCAUGUUCCACCAGAAGAACGGCCAGUUCGCGCAGACGGGCGUGGUGUCGUGGGGUCGCGGCUGCGGCCGCGCCUCCUACCCGGGCGUUUACGCCAGGGUGUCCAAGUUCGCCAACUGGGUGGUCGCUAAGACCAACGGAGCCGCUGCCACGUGCUAGGUGGCGGCGCCGUUAAGUCAGCGCUGGCCGGCGGUCGGGCCG